AUGGCGGAUGAUGAUGAUGUUCCACAAGGAGUCAUCGUUUGUGUACGCUUGCGGCCUAUGUUUGUCAAGAGGCCAGAUGGCACACCAGGGCGCGAAGCGACAUGUCAACGAGUAGUUGAGAUGGAGGGCAAGGCGGAAAAAGGUGUCGGCUGUGCAGUGACGAAGAUCUAUGAUCCCAACGACAUGAGCGCAGAGCCUCGUUCCUAUGCCUUUGAUCGCAGUUGGUGGAGUUGCGAUGGAUCGAAAGAUGAUCCGGAGCGACCAGGCUUCAGCCGCUUAGCAGAACCGAGCUCCACUAGUAGCUCCACUUAG